CGCGACGCGUCGAGAUCAGAGAGCGGGCGUGGGUCGAGGUGGGCGGAAGCGGAUUUGAGGAUCUCAUACACGAAGUACGACAGAGGUAUUUGGCUUGGGACUUGUUGCCCUGCCAAAGAAGAUUUAACAUUGUGAAGCCCUUAGGCCCAUCUGCGGGGCUUGGUAUUCUUUUGCGUCCCCGUGUUUCUGGUACUUGCAUUUUGCCUCCAGAUCGUAUCGCCUCUGUACAGUCCCCGUUUGGUGCGACCCCAUAGGAGGGUUUAUUUUCGGCUGGUUUCAAUACCAGUCAAAAUUGAUACCAUUCUGAUCAAGUGGAGAGGAAGCUGUUGUUGUAAGCCCUGCAGGCGCAUACUGUGCCGCCAUGCCCGAGUCCCAGGACGCAUCCUGCGAUGGUCCGACCGGUCACUUGGAGCUCAGCCAGGAGCUGGACCAGAUCGACCUGUGCCCCAUCACACUGGAUGACAUCAAGGCUGACCCACAUAGACCGCAGAUCGAUGAAAGUGAAAUCAUCGAGUGGAAGCAGCGCGACCACUUCGCCACGGGGAAGCGCAAGCGGCCGGUGCCCAUCGUGAUAAAGACGCCGUCGACCCGGCAGCUCUGGAACCGCGCCAUCUCCAAGGUCCUGGCCAUGCUGAGGGGCGACUCAAAGGCCAACAGUCUGGGCGACUCGUGGGAGAACUUUGACGUCGAGGGCCUGAAGACGGAGAAGGCCACGCGCUACCGCUACAAGGCGCUCACGGGCACCUGGGUCACCGACGAGGUCUCCAUCAAAAUGGAGCCCGAACACUUCAACGCCGGAGCCAUGCGCCGCUGCUUCCGAGCGAAGAAGCUGAGCAACUUUUGCCACCACUCGUCGUGGCACCGCGAGAGUAACAACUACGUGGCCAAGGCAUACAUGGUGCCGGUGGACCGGCGCACUUACUUCGACGACGUCAAGCUGCAGAUGGAGGCCAAGCUGUGGAGCGAGGAGUACAACCGGCACAACCCGCCCAAAAAGGUGGACAUAAUGCAGAUGUGUGUAGUGGAGAUGACGGAGCGUCCCGACAAGCCACUCUACCACUUCGAACACUUCAUCGACGGCAGCUACGUCAAGUACAACUCCAACUCGGGCUUUGUGCGCGACGAGAACCUGCGACUGACACCGCAGGCCUUCAGCCACUUCACCUUCGAGCGGUCGGGUCACGAGCUGGUGGUGGUCGACAUCCAGGGGGUAGGCGACCUCUACACGGACCCGCAGAUCCACACCGCCGACGGAGAGAGUUACGGAGACGGCAACCUGGGCACGCGCGGUAUGGCGCUGUUCUUCCACUCUCACGUCUGUAACACCAUCUGCCACUCACUGAACCUGACGGCCUUCGACCUGGCGCCCACCGAGAGCAAGGAGCUCUCCACACAGAUCAAACUGCAGCAACGCAGUAAGACGCUGUCUCGCGGUCUGGAGGAGGUGUGCGCCUCGCCGCGGGAGCACGAGUUCGACCUGCACGAGUACAUGCGGCGCCGCUCGUCCAGUUCGGGCCACUGGAGCGGCGACGAGGUCACCAGUCCGCUGGAGGCCUCGUCUCCGCCGCAGUUUUAUAACGAGCUGUCCGACUCCGCGCGUGACUCGGCCUUCAUCGCCAAGCGGACCCGCUUCAUCAGCGAGAGCUCGACGGGCUCCACAGACGCCAACGACUGUCUACGGUUCCAGGAGGUGAUCAGCAACAAGCAGCGUCCGUCCAACAUCGAGGCCGAGGUGUGCCGCAUCUCCACGGCGGAGGCGCCCUCCAUCCUGGGACAGAUCCACUUCGACCUGGCCAAGUAUCACGAGGUGGGUCGUUUCCUGGGCGAGGACAAGACGGCGGCGUACGAUCGCUCUGCGGGCAUGUUCCACCUGGAGCGGGCGGUCGACUGCGGCGUCCGCGAGGCCAUCAUCACCCUGGCCGACAUCUGCCUGGGACGGCCGCACGACCUGCUCUCGGACGUACAGCUGGAGGACAGCGCGGAGACUCGGCGGCGCGGCAUCUCGCUGCUGGAGCGGGCCGCGCAGGCCGGCGACCGGGCCGCCAUGGUGGAUCUGGCGCGCAGCUACGAGCUGGGCACCUACCUGCCGGCCGGCGAGAAGGAUAUCGACUGGAACAGGGCCGUCCACUGGUACGCUCUGGCGGCGGACACGGACGUGGACGAGAGCGCCGUGGCCGAGGACCCCACCUACCUGCUGAUGGGCCGCUGCGCCGAGAUGCUGAAGGCCGGCGGGCCGCGCCUCGAGCCCGACUACUCGCGCGCCGCCGAGGUGUUCAACAGCGCCGCCGAGAAGGCCUCGGCGGCCAUGAAGGGGCGCGCCGCCAACCGCUACUUCAUGGAGGCCGAGGAGUGCUGGGCGCUAGCCGAGGGAGAGGGCGAGGGAGAGGAAUAGGGGAGAGAGGAGUGGGGAGUGCUGGGCACUAGCCGAGGGAGACGGCGAGGGAGAGGAAUAGGGGAGAGAGGAGAGAGAGAAGUGGGGAGUGCUGGGCACUGGCCGAGGGGGAGGGAGAGGAUUAGGGGAGAGAGCGGGAGGGUCGUCCUCAGGAGCGGUGGACGUCCGCCGUCCUCCUGCAGUGGUUCCUGCUCCUCGGUGUGUACAGACGUGUCGCUAUGCCUCUGACGGGCCGCCGGGGUCCCAGCGGCCCGCCCCGCUCCCGCUGCCCCCGUGUGACGGUGUGUGUGGUGUGUGUUGAUGUGUUCCACUGGGCUGUGUACAUAGUCCGGGCGCUCGGCGGCGGCGGCGCGCCGUUGUAGUCGCGCCGCGCCGCCGCCUCGCCCUGCCGUGAUAUUGCUGUGUUCGACUGACCGCCGCCCCUCAGGUCAGACAGUCAGUGUAAAAUGUACAAAAAAAGUUCAACGACCAGCCGGGCCGGGUCGCCGGCGUACGGUGUAGUGGUGGACGGCUGGACGGCCGGGGUCUGUCUGCGUGUGCGGGGACUGAGGUGUUAUUGAGGCGGCUGUGUUGGUCAGAGACUGCUGUCUAUGGUAGUAUGUGGUGCCAGAGACUGACUACAUAUAGUGUCAGAGACUGCUGUCUAUGGUGUGUCUGUGGUGUCAGAGACUGUAUAUGGUGAUCAGAGAGUAGAUAUUACAAUUAUACGGUGUGAGGCCGGACGUGUCGGCACGAGCAGUGUCGCCCCGGUAUAUCGCUCUCCGUCUGUGUGUGUAACUGACUGCGGCCGGUCGCGCCGAGUGUGAUAGAGGUGCAGGGCUCGAGUAGUUUCCGUCUGGGCUGUACGCUGUAGAUAUGGAGAACCGGACCAUACGGUGCCCACCGCCGGCCCACAGCGGCCAACCGGGGGCACGUGGGUCCGACGCUUGGCGACUUACGCUCGGGGAUUGGUGUUUUGCGUUUUUAAUUAUUUGUAUCAGCUCGCAGCACGUUACUUAUGCUAAAACGUUACGAUAUGGGCGCUACCUAUAGUAUGAGCAGGUCGCCGUCAGUACGCGAGUUACCCGCAGUGGCGCGUUUUACCUGUACAAAGUAACGACGACGAAUGGCCCUGUGCGGCGGGCCGGACCCAGUGCAUAGGCGACUAACCCAGUACAUGCAGUAACCUCAGAUCUACGUCGGCAGUGUUUUACGGUGUGCCGGGACGCCCGGCUCGUGUGGUGUCGGCGGUGUCAGUGCGACCCUGGUGUACCGGCGACUUACGCAGUCGCCCCGGGCUGUGUGUGUGAACUGUGUGUGAACUGUGUGCUCUCCAUAUGUGUGUACUGUGCCGGGUGCCGGGUGGGACGCCCCCGGGCCGCGGGGCGGGCCCCCGGCGCACAGUGGUCCGUGCUGCUCGGCGCACAGUGGUCGCCAGCGCCACGCGCGCUGAAAAAUAAAGACAUCUCAAGUGUA